GAGUCUCGUCACUCUGCCGCUGAUCCUCGACGUCUCGCUUCCGCUGCAAUCCACCCUGCUCUGCUCUGCUCUCUCCUCUUCCUUUCCCAGCGGAGGAGCCUCAGCUGCUCCCGCCGCGAGAUCCGGCUCCACCCCGAGAGUUCGCCCGUCGUCCGAUCGCCUGAUCGGCGGCGGCCAUGGGCUGCGCUGGAUCCACACCCAAAGUUGAUGAGAGCAGUAAGAAUCUAAGGAAGCCUAAGCCUUGGAAGCACACUCAGCCAAUAACACCAGCGCAACUCAAACAGAUGCGUGAUGAAUUCUGGGACACAGCUCCACACUAUGGUGGACAGAAAGAGAUUUGGGACGCACUCAGGGCCGCUACAGACGCCGAUUUAACCCUUGCGCAGACCAUAGUGGACAGUGCCGGAAUCAUCGUAUCGAAUCCUGACCUCACGCUUUGUUACGACGAGAGAGGUGCAAAGUACGAGCUGCCCAAUUACGUUCUGAGUGAGCCGACAAACCUGAUCCGUGAUGGCUGAACAAAUAAAAACUCGGCGUCGGCAUAAAACGGACGCUUGAUACAGAAACGAUGCUCGUCUAGACGUGCACACGUUUGAGGAGAGUAGUACAUAAAGCUGGUCCGUGUAAGUUACGUAAAAUCGUUGGUUUGUCGCUGGUUCGGGGUCGUGUUCAUAUCAUAUCGGUGGAAUGAAUCAUGGAAGGGUCAUUGGCUAUCAACAGUCACGCUGCUGGCUAUUGCUAUUUGCUAGGGCGGUUGUAGUCCUUGAGCUAUCUAUCUACUCCUUUCCUCUGUCCUGCUGAAGGGAGCUGCACCAGUGGUGUCGCUGUGAUUUUGAUCCAUGCGUUGCGCUUGCUGAUUGCUCUAUAUAGCAAUCAUAAUGGGGACAGACUGCUUGAUUGCUUCUUC